UGUCACCUGACUUCGAUAACCCAAUAUAUCACUUUCAAACAUCAAUCUAAAACACACACACACAACUCAUUACAUCUUACAAACAACAUAAAAAUCCUCAAAACAAACUCUGUACAACAUUUCUUUCUGCAAACAAAAAUGGGGACAAAGCUUCUUCACCCCAACAUCUCACCAUCCCACGUGCUUCCUUCCACACCAACAAUCCCAAAACUAACCAAACUACCCACUCACAAACACUUCUUCUUCACUUCCAGAUCCAGUUUCGCCAUUAAAGUUUCAGACCAAACCUCCAACCUAUUAAACAACCAAACCGACAACUCUCCCACAAAUUACCCGACAAUCACUCACCUCAAAACUAAACUCAACCAAACCCUCCAAGGAUUGAAUCGAGGGAUUUUUGGGAUCCCAAGUGAGAAGAAAUCUGAAAUUGAGGAAAUGGUGAAGGUGUUGGAGGGUUUGAACCCGAAUCCGAACCCGACUGUUGAUCUUGAUAAGUUGGGGGGAUGCUGGAAGCUGAUAUAUAGUACGAUAACGAUAUUGGGAUCGAAGAGAACGAAGUUGGGGUUGAGAGAUUUCAUCAGUUUGGGGGAUUUCUUGCAAGUUAUUGAUGUUGCUAAGGGGAAAGCAGUUAAUGAAAUCAUGUUCAAUGUGAGAGGGCUCAACUUAUUGAGUGGGAAGCUUGUAAUUGAGGCCUCCUUCAACAUCUCUUCUAAAUCAAGAGUUGACAUUCGAUACGACACCUCAACUAUCGUCCCUGAUCAGCUCAUGAACAUGUUUCGUAAAAACUAUGAUGUUCUCCUCGGGAUAUUCAACCCCGACGGUUGGUUAGAGAUAACAUAUGUGGAUGAAACCCUAAGAAUAGGGAGGGAUGAUAAAGGCAACAUCUUCAUACUUGAGAGAUCGAACCAAACCGACCCAUGAGCUACUUCUUGAUUCUCGACAUCGAUGAAUCUAUAAUUCUUUUUCUGAUUUUCAGUUUUGUAUCUUGUAAUAAGUCUUUUUUCGAUUUUCAGUUUUGUAUCUUGUAAUAUAAAAGCCCUGACGUGUUUAUGAUUUUCAUUUUUUCAUUUUUUUUCUUCUCUUCUUUUUCCUCUCGUCCUGCCUGAUUGGUGCAUUGUAGAGCUAUAUUGUUUAAGUUUUAUUGGUCUAGUUAGUUACCAAAUGCAAUGAAUAUGUGGUGGUUUAA